UCAAAGUUUGAAUAAUAUUACUCUCACUUACAAUGCAAUCAAAGUUCAUAAGGAUUAUAAGUAAAAAUUAAAAAGAAAAUGAAAAAGGCAUAAGAGAGCCUACUAUAUAUAAUGGUUCUUAGAAAAUUCCUUUCAAGUCAAGUAGAUAGUUAUCAGAGAUCAUGAUGGCAUCCUCCAUUUCCAAUUCCGUAUCCAGUUUUGCUGCGGUAGCAGUAGCAUUAAUUUCCUGUGCUUCCCUUGUUCUGGGCUCUGUUGAAUAUUCUCCUGAACAAGAAGUAAAGGCUUUGCUUGCAUCUGAAUGGUGGAGUCCUGAAUGUCUCAAUUCCACAACCACAACUCCUUGCAAGUUGCCUGGUAUCACUUGCAAUCGUGCUGGAAGCAUUACCCGUAUUUCUAUACAUAAGUUUUUUAUAUAUGGAACCGAACUUGGGAAAUUUCUUAAUGGCUCUUCGUUUCCGAAUUUAGUCCAUCUGGAUCUUGCUGCAGCUGAACUCUAUGGGAGCAUCCCGCCAGAAAUCGGCACUCUUUCGAAGCUCACUUACCUCGACCUCUCUCAUAAUUAUCUUUCAGGUGAGUUACCUCUUUCAUUAGGAAACCUCUCCCAAUUAGUGGUGCUUGACAUUUCUUUUAACCAUAUUCGAGGUUCCAUAUCGUCAGAAUUAGGCAAUUUAAACACACUUGUUGCACUAAACUUGAGCUCCAACUUCUUGUACGGUCCAAUCCCUUCAUCACUUGGUCUUUUAACCAACCUCACUCAUUUGGAUAUUUCUGCCAAUCAAAUCAAUGGCCAGUUGCCUCUUUCAAUCACAAGCCUCACUCAUUUAAUGGAGUUUGACGCUUCUUAUAAUGCAAUUAAUGGUUCCAUUCCAAUCCACAUAGGAAAGCUGAAAAAUCUUCAGUUGUUGUUCAUGCCCGGAAAUAGGCUCGAUGGACCACUUCCAUCAAGUCUGGGUCAGCUAACCAAAUUAACUACUCUCUCACUUUAUUCAAACAAUAUCUCUGGCUCAAUUCCCCCGGAAAUAGGGAAAAUGACCAACCUUACUCAUCUAGACCUUGGUAAGAAUAUGCUUAAUGGAUCACUUCCAUCAAGUCUUGGUCAACUAUCCAAAUUAACUGCUCUCUCACUUGAUUCAAACAAUAUCACUGGCUCAAUUCCUCCGGAAAUAGGGAAAAUGACCAACCUUGCUCACCUAGAUCUUCGUGAAAAUAUGCUUAUGGGACAGCUGCCUCCGAUUCUAGGGCUAGUGAACCUGGUUGAUCUCGACUUAAGUGUAAAUAUGUUCGAUGGACAACUCCCUCCAGAAAUCGGAUAUCUAAAAAAUGUGAAAUCAUUGCUACUUGGUGAUAACCGAUUAACUGGUGCGAUACCUUCUACUAUAUGUGAUUUAACCAACUUACAAUACUUGAGCCUUAGUCGGAACCAGCUAAGUGGUUUAUUGCCUUCCCGACUAGAGAAUUUGAAGAAGCUGACAAGUUUGAAACUCAGUUCUAACAACCUCAUGGGUCCUAUUACUCCAUCUUUAGGUGGUCUUCGGAGUAUACAGGAUAUUGACUUGUCAUACAACCACUUCAACGGAAGCAUACCGAUUGAGAUAUGUUCCCUUUCUGUACUCACUUCUUUGGACCUCAGUAACAACUUGCUCGUUGGAGAAAUACCGUAUAAACUUGCUGACCUCGUAAACUUGGCCACCUUAAACCUUGUCGGUAACCAUUUCAACUGCUGCAUCCCCUGUUCUCUUGAAUAUACCAUAGAUGCAGAGGAACAUUUACAUAAUAGCUCAUGUUUGUUGUUUCAUGCUAACCGACCAAGUACUGGCAUCAUCAACAAAGUUAAAUUGAUUAUUGUUUCCACCUCUGUUAUUCUUGCAUCGUCAUUUCUUGUGCUUAUUAUAUGGGCAAUGUUCUUCAAACGUGGGUGCAAAAAUAAAAAGAUCAAAUCACUUGACGAGACAAUUGCAACAAAGAAUGGAGAUAUAUUUUCAGUAUGGAAUUAUGAUGGGAAUUUAGCAUACAAAGACAUCAUUCAAGCAACGGAGGAUUUCGAUAUAAGGUAUUGCAUUGGCACAGGUGGUUAUGGAAGUGUUUACAGAGCGCAGCUGCCUAAUGGCAAAGUGGUUGCUUUGAAAAAACUGCACACUUCAGAGGUCGAAGAACCUGCUUUGAGAAAGAGUUUCGAGAAUGAGGUGAAAACAUUGACAGAAUUGAAGCACCGAAACAUUGUGAGACUCUAUGGAUUUUGUUUGCAUAAAAGGUGCAUGUUUUUAAUUUACCAAUAUUUGGAAAGAGGGAGCUUGUUCUGUGUCCUGAACAAUGAUGUGGAGGCUAUGGAAUUAGAUUGGAAGAAAAGGGUGAACAUUAUCAAAGGCAUAGUGAAUGCAUUGUGUUAUUUGCACAAUGAUUGCACUCCACCAAUUGUACAUCGUGAUGUAACAACCAACAAUGUCCUACUCAACUCAGAACUAGAAGCUGUUGUAGCUGAUUUUGGCACCGCAAAACUCCUCGAUCCUAAUUCCACCACUCAAACUACCAUACUGGCCGGUACUUAUGGUUAUAUUGCUCCAGAGCUUGCUUAUACUAUAGCCGUAACAGUAAAGUGCGAUGUUUAUAGCUUUGGAGUGGUGGCACUUGAAACGCUAAUGGGAAAGCAUCCAAAGGAAAUUUUGUCAUCGUUACCAUCAUCUUCAACACAAAAUCUCAAGCUAAUUGAAAUAUUAGACCAACGCUUAGCACCCCCGAGAAGUAGGUUGGCUGUACAUAACGUUGCUCUUGUUGCUUCAAUUGCAUUUGCAUGCUUAAAUGCUGACCCGAAGCGUCGACCAACAAUGGAUAUUGUUUCCAAACAAAUUGCUGAGCACAGGAAACCAUUAGCAGAUCAUUGUUUCCAUGAAAUUACAAUAGGACACCUCAUGAACCCACUUGUACUCUGCAUAGAUGGGUGAAAUUUGUUGAGGAGUUAGAAAUCAGUUCAGUUCAAUUUUGUUACCUCGCAUUUUGUGUUGUCCUCCCUGAAAUAAUAAUUUUCAUUUGUGUUAAAAUGCAUGAAUUUUGACUAUCCUUUAGUUUUCAACAUUUUACUAUUUAAGGGCUUAUAUUACAUGAAAUGGUAAACAUUAUUUAUA